UAAUUUUAUAUUAAUUACAUAAAGAUGAAAAUGGAUGUAUGGGAAAGAUACUCUACAACAAAAAUGUCUAAAAAGAAAAGCAAUGAACCAAUGCAAAAUGUCUUCUUAGUGAAGAAAACUUUAGCCUAUCGAGUACUUUAUUUUUUGGGAGCUAUAGCCUAUUUUUCAGGAUGCUUAUAUCAGACAUUGGCUUUUUUAAAAAUAUACUUCAAGUAUCCAACUACAAUGGAAGUUAAUGUUAAACAAGCCCCUGUUCUCAAAUUUCCAGCGGUUACAGUAUGUAAUGGAAACAGAGUUCGACAAAGUAUGUGGUGCAACUUGGAUAAAUCAAUUUGUGAGAAAAAUGAAGGCGAAAGUGAUGAUAUUUAUGUAACUAGAAUGAUGGAAGCCUAUAAAUAUUUGAACCGAUCUAUUAGGAUAACUAUGGGUCACACCAGAGAAGAUUUAAUUCGAUCUUGCCAGUUUGAGGAACGAAUUUGCGACGGUUUGAUAGGUCAAUAUUUCAAUUAUGAAUACACCAAUUGUUAUACAAUCAAUGCUCGCUGGGCCAAUGCAUCAGCCAUUCCUUUAAAUGCCAGUAUGUUUCGACCAAGGAGUGGGCGCUCUUCAGAGUUGUCCAUAAUGUUGAACUUAGAAAGUCAUGAGUACAGUCCGAUGAAUCCUGUUGUGAGGGCACGAAUGACUAUACACGAUCCUGAGACUAUUCCCAAUCCUCAAUAUGAUGGUGUCAGUUUGCAACCUGGACGAACUUACAACUACGGGAUAAGAGAGAGUACCAUCCACGUACUACCAGAGCCUUACCAGACUAACUGCAAGAAUUAUACUGGCCUUAAGGAAAGAAGAACCGGUGCAAAACAGACGCAAGAGGAUUGCAUGUCCCAAUGUUGUGCAGAGUACCACGUAAAAUAUUGUGAUUGUACAGUCCAUAGAUUAUCCCUCAUUUAUGAUAUUCGAACCUGCUGGAAACAAAAAGAGAAAAAUUGUCUGAAGGAUCAUGAUCAAGAAGUAAAAAAAUUAUGUUACCCAGAAUGUCGUAUGCCUUGCACCAAGAUUACUUAUACUUAUUUAGCUGUUGACUCAUAUGCACUUCAACAAGGUGCAUGUGAAGAUGUAGACAUGUUUAAUCGAACGCUAUCAGAUGAAGAUAAGAGUAAGCUAAUCUGCCUUCGUGUAUAUUACGCCACUGCAGAUUCGGAGAUAUACACUCAUCGACCCAAAUAUAAUGGGAUCCAAGUAUUCAGCGUUAUUGGAGGAUACAUUGGUUUAUGGCUUGGAGUAUCAUUACUGGAUAUUCAUGGCUAUUUUGUGAACGGGGCAUUUCUGUGUUUCCAGAAGAAAAAAGCCUCAAAAGAAAGUCAUAAACGUAAUAGUGUACAAAAUAUCCAAAACAAAAUUUCAAAUCAUCGAUAUUGACGUGAAUUUGCUUUGAAAUGCAGAGCUAUAAAGUUUACUUCGACACUUGCGUAAUAAUCUGUA